AUGCCCGCCUCACCUCGUUUAAACGAUGAUCUUAUCAUCGAGAUCAUUCAACUUUUACAAGAUGAUGUCACAUCCAUUUACAAAUGCCUACUUUGCUGUCGUGGCUGGUGCAGACUCUUCGUACCUGUGCUUUGGCGACGACCCUUUAGUAAGAUAGGCACACCCUCCAAUUAUAAACUUCUGUUGAGAACCUACAUCAUGUGCUUUAAUGAAGAAGAACUCGCAAACCUGAUUCCGA